GGCGGCGGCGGCUCCGAGUCCUGCGCGAUUCGCUGCGCUUUGACACUAACCAGCCCCCCAGUGCCAUGUAAACUGCAACUCUUGGAAACUUCGGCUCCUCUCCAGGCUUCGGCGCAGGAGCCUCGGGACGCGUCCGCCCCCGCCGCUGAGCCGGGGAGCUGGGGGGGGGGGGGUCUCCCCGCGGCUCGGGGAGGGAAGCUGCGUGUCCCCCUCCAACGACAUCGAAUGGGCUGAACCUGCGAGGCGUCCCGGGCUCCUUUCCCGGCCUCCUGCGGGGAGCGUACCGGACGGAGCCGGGCUCGGAGCCGGUCCAACUUGCAGGGGCGCGCGGUCCCCUCGCUGCCCGGGGCAGGCGCGCCAGGAAAGGGCCCCUUUGGGGAGCCAGGGGGCGCGCGGAGAGCUCCCCUCCCCCCGUCCCAGCCCGGGGCCCGGACUCGCCUGGAGCUCGGGCCAUGCGGGGCCGUCCCGUCCCGGGGCCCCCCUCCGUGCCGUGAGCGCGCCAUGGCCGGGCUGCAGCCGCCCGGCGAGGGGGACCUCUCCAUGCUCUCGCCGCCCCCGGUCCCCGGCGACCCCCGGCGGGUGGAGUUCGUCGCCCUGACCGAGGUGCAGACGGAGAGGAACGAGCCGCCCGCGGGCAGCCCCCGGCGCUUGGGGCUGUUGGGGACCCCGCUGCCAGCGCCGCCCGGCGGGGCAGCCGCCCGCUCCGCCGCGCACAAGCGUUACCGGCGCCUGCAGAACUGUCUGUACAACGUGCUGGAGAGACCCCGCGGCUGGGCGUUCAUCUACCACGCCUUCAUAUUCCUCCUAGUCUUCAGUUGCUUGGUGCUGUCCGUGUUCUCCACCAUCCCAGAGCAUCAGAAACUAGCCAACCAAUGUCUGUUCAUCCUGGAAUUCGUCAUGAUUGUGGUGUUCGGCAUGGAGUACAUCAUCCGCAUCUGGGCAGCUGGCUGUUGCUGCCGUUACCGGGGCUGGCAGGGGCGGUUCCGCUUUGCCAGGAAACCCUUCUGCAUAAUAGAUUUCAUCGUGUUCAUCGCCUCGCUGGCCGUUAUCGCCGCCGGCACGCAGGGGAAUAUCUUCGCUACCUCGGCACUGCGCAGCAUGCGCUUCCUGCAGAUCCUGCGGAUGGUGCGCAUGGACCGCAGGGGGGGCACCUGGAAGCUACUGGGCUCAGUGGUCUAUGCCCACAGCAAGGAGCUGAUCACAGCCUGGUACAUCGGCUUCCUGGUGCUCAUCUUCGCCUCCUUCCUCGUCUACCUGGCUGAGAAAGACGCCAACACGGAGUUCGCCACCUACGCUGACUCGCUCUGGUGGGGCACAAUCACGCUCACCACCAUCGGCUAUGGGGACAAGACCCCCAAUACGUGGCUGGGCAGGGUGCUGGCGGCCGGCUUCGCGCUCCUGGGCAUCUCCUUCUUCGCUCUGCCUGCCGGGAUUCUGGGCUCCGGCUUCGCCCUGAAAGUCCAGGAGCAGCAUCGCCAGAAACACUUUGAGAAGAGGCGGACGCCGGCAGCGAACCUGAUCCAGGCUGCCUGGCGCCUGUAUUCGACAGACGUGAGCCGAGCCUACCUGACCGCCACCUGGUGUUACUAUGACAGCAUUCUCCCAUCCUUCAGAGAGCUGGUCCUUAUGUUUGAGCAUUUGCACCGAGUCCGCAACGGAGGAGUUAGGAAUUCAGAGGUGAAAAGGUUUCCUGACGGAGCCCCACCGCCAUAUCACUCCUUCACCUCUGGCCAGAAAACCAUCGCCCCUGCUUUUUGCUCUGGGGAAAGCCAGAUCUUUAGUAGUAAGCGGAAUUUCUUUCGGAUUCCCGCCGGCUGGAAACAGAGCAACAAAAUGGGCAUCAAGGACCGCAUCCGCCUCAACAACUCGCAGAGGCAGGGCAGCCGGGGAAAGCAGCACCUGGCCCCGCCCAUGCGCCGCUCCCCCAGCACCGAGAACGUGCAGGAGGCCUCCAGCCCCACCAAGGUGCAGAAGAGCUGGAGUUUCAACGACCGCACUAGGUUCCGGGCGUCGCUGAGGCUCAAACCUCGGCCACCGGUGGAGGUUGACGGCCUGGUGGAGGAGAGCACCGAGGAGAAGGGCUAUCAGUGCGACCUGACCUUCGAGGACAUCAUGCCAGCUGUGAAAACACUCAUUCGGGCUGUCAGGAUCCUGAAGUUCCUAGUUGCGAAGAGGAAGUUCAAGGAGACCCUGCGGCCCUACGACGUCAAGGACGUCAUCGAGCAGUACUCAGCCGGCCACCUCGACAUGCUGGGCCGCAUCAAGAGCCUCCAGUCACGCGUGGACCAGAUCGUGGGAAGAGGAGCCAUCACUGUCGAUAAGAAGACCCGGGAGAAGGGAGAAAAAUCCCUGGAGGCCGACCUGGUGGACGAGCUCAGCAUGAUGGGCCGAGUGGUCAAAGUGGAGAAACAAGUGCAAUCCAUAGAGCACAAGCUGGACUUGUUACUGGGCCUCUAUUCCCAGUGCCUGCGGAAAGGCUCCACGAACUCCUUUGCCCUGGCCGGCAUGCAGAUCUCCAGCUUUGACCCGGACAUCACCUCCGACUACCACAGCCCCAUAGAGCACGAGGACAUCUCAGUGUCCGCGCAGACCUUAAACAUCUCCAGGUCGGCCAGCACCAACAUGGACUGAGAGGGGUUCCCAGCACAGGUGGGGCGGUCCCGGGGGAGAGUUGGGGGGACCGGUCGUGAGCCUGGUGGUGAACGUUCUUGUAGACAGACACACUGAUAGCUAGCAGGCAAGAAGACCGACCCGUGAACCCAGCCAGGUUCUGGGCUGGGGACCACGCGGCCUCGUCUAACACGUCCUGAUGCACUAUGAGCCUCACCUUGAUUUUACUUGAACAAGUCUUCCUUCUGACCGUGCACAAGCAGGAACUAUUAAGCAACUAGUCUUCAGCACCUGGGAGCCAGCUGGGGCCGGGACCCCGGGGGAUGCAGCGGUGUGAGAGUUUCUUAAAGCGUUAAACCUACAAAACCGACGAGAGAAACGCCUGGUAUCUAAGAAGCUCUUUUAUUUAUAGGAUCAGCCUCUCUAGACUUUGUCCUCUGCAGGCAGUCUUCUCUGCGGAGGAAAUCCCCCUCUCCGGGCACAUCCCUGGUUGGGUGGCGCUGCCCCAGGGCAGUGGGAGGGCGAGUUGGCCAGGGAUGCAACGGGCCAGCGUGCCUUGUCACUCGGUCUUUCUUCUGGGCGCCUCUCCGGGAACCGUCCUCGGAAUGAGCGUUGACACAGGGUAUGGAAUGACGGAGAGCCUCUGAACUCCAAGGUUGGCGGUUCUGAUCUCUUCACCCUGCGGCUCUACGCCAUUGCCCCUCCAGGGAGGCAGAGCAGGGUUCUUACUAACAGCUAUGCAAGGCUAGAUAACCCUUUACUGUCCAGUGCUAGACAAGGGGCACUGUGACUCGACUGAAUGUGGUUUCUUACGGACCUAGGAAAGAGUUGGGGAAUGCCCGGGGGGUGUUUCCUGUCUCCCAGCGAGCAGGGGGCUCUGAUUCCGGCAGCCGUGACUGUGAUUCAGUAGGCACAACGGAACCGUCUGCACGGCAGCGUUUCAAUAUGCAACCUUCGAUCCCGACGGGUGGGGUGGAUGAGUGGCCCGUCGGCCUAGGCAAUAGCUGUUUACCCCACGCCCCUGGGACCGGAUCCGGGGCUGCUCGAGUCAGUGGGGUUUCACGGGGCAAACGCCUGGCGGACAGACUCGGACGGACUUUAGAUCAAGCCCUUGACUUGAAAGGGAUAACUGGCCCAUUGGACCAAAUGCAGUCCUGUUGCACGAGUCCGUGGAGUUAACAGCAGGCCUGGA